AUGACAACCCAUCAAUACCUAUCACCAAUCGACAGGCAGUCAACUUUCGCCUUUCCUUGGUCUUUGGAGCAUCAGGCCAUUGACCAGACACGUGACGAUGACCGCGUCGAUGAUGGGAUCCACGGUUUCGAAUUCCCCCUACCACAUCAUGUCUACGACGAAAAUGAGGGCACACCAGUUAAUUGGGAAGUGUUUUCGAGAGACCAAGACGCCGGGGAUGUCGUGAUGCAACUUCUCCGAGACAGUUGGUGCUUGUUCAAACAGCUCCGUCUGGAGAGCUGGGUGGAGUUUGUAAUGGGCAUACCCUCAGCAACCCUUGCUGUGUUCGAGUCAUAUCAUAACAGAGUCAGCUUUUCUCUAUUCUGCUUUUUAUGUGACUUUCCCAUUGAAGCUGAAAAAUAUGACAUCGUGGCGAAGAGAGUUCACCACAAUGAUUGCUUUUUGUAUACGACACUCACACAUGCUCUCGAAUGUUUCCAGGGGAAGGGGCAGUACAAGAACUUGAGUUUGGACGCUGGGCUUAUUACUCAACCCUUGAAAGCAUUCCUCUCACAGCCAGACAAAAAUAUACUACAGAGACUGGCCGUACUUGAAACUCGGUACGCGCGUUAUCGAGUCGGUUCCGACAUGGCUCGAGGGCGAGAAUUCAAUGUCGACACAGGUUUUCUCUCUUUAAUCAACGACCAGUCGGCUGUGGCAAUGGCACGACAGUUAAGUGAGGACGCGCUGAGGGGGUUUCGCCAGAUCAGCCUCGACAGUGUCAUCAUGCACGACGAUAAUAUUCGUUCGCUGGGUUCUCAAUGGGACCGGUUAUGUUAUGAUGUGGAGGAGGUCGCGGCUGUUGGAGAUCUGAUUGGCAAGGUGAGGGCAAUGGCUAAGGUAUCGUAA